AUGGUGGUUCCAAUUAUCUUGGGUAUAGGAGUGAGCGUGGCGGUCCUCACGGCCAAGUCCACCCUAGCGGCGUACCGAAAGUACAUCCAUUUGACGCCCAGUAUGAUUGCGUACUUGAACAAUAUCAAAAUUGAUUCGCCUUCAACGUCACUUAAAAGCGAAAAUCUGCAUCUAGACUACUUGAAAAGACACUAUAGGGCCUCGGGGUUCGAAGAGAAGAUGACCGAAAGAGAAGCAUUGUUGGUAAUGGGGAUCGAAGGUGACGAUAUCAAUCAUUUAAAUAAAGAUAUCUUGAAAAAUCGAUAUAGAAAAUUAAUGGUGAUGAACCAUCCAGAUAGAAACGGUAGCCAAUACCUUACUCAAAAAAUUAAUCAGGCAAAAGAUAUUCUUGAUAAAAGUUAUUUAUUUAGAAAAUAG